GGCUGUGGACAGAUUUUGGACACCAAACAAACCGCAAGAUGCCUCCAACUACAGACUGGAAAACAGUGAUGACUGUUGAUCCUGAUCUUCUGGGAAGCGAAGAGGAGGAAACCAUCUGUGAUAUUAUUCUGCAGGUCCAUCCAGGAGAACUGAAGGAGAGCGAGCCUGAGAAAAUGGUUCAGCUCUUCAGACUUUCACAGACCUUACUGAGGCUGAAAUUGGAGGAAAUAAGCUGUGCCUAUGAUGUUGUCGACAAAGCUGGUACUGAACAAGCAAGAAUCGAAUCAGAACUCAAGGCAAAGAUUCUUAAAUUAGAAAAGGAACUUGAGAUGGCACAGCGCACAACGGGGGGGCGGGACACUCGCUUCCUUCGGGACGAAAUUCGCCAACUGGAGAGUCACUUAGAGCGCAAGGAGAAGGAACUGGUCCAGUUAGAGAAGGAAAUGAGUAAAGAGAGGAAAACCAAUGAGGAGCUGUCACUACGAGCAGAGGAGGCCGAAGAUGAAAACAAAAAGCUCAAAAGAGAGAUAAAGCAGCUUAAGAAGAAGAACGAGCAGCUUCAUCAGGAUGUGGACUUCUACAGGAGAGAACUGGAGCAGAAGGACUCCCUCCAGACCAGAGAGGAAAGCACUGACACUCAAAGGAGACUCAACAAAGCCAGCCAGCAGCUCUACCAGUGCAUGGAGGACCUGCAGCAUGCAGAGGAUAUGGCUGCCAACCUGAAGAGUGAAAACGAGCACCUGCAGAAAAACAUGGAGGAGUCUGUAAAGGAGAUGGAGAAGAUGACAGACGAAUACAACAAAAUGAAAAUUGUGGUCCAGCAGACAGACGCCAUAGUCGACCAGCUAAGGAAAGAGAGAGAUCAGGCCAAGCUUCAGGUGAGAGAGCUAACUGAGCAGAUCCAGUCUCGGGCUGAGGAGGACGACCCAGUGAUGGCUGCAGUCAGUGCUAAAGUGGAGGAGUGGAAGAAUGUGUUAUCAGAAAAAGAUGUUGAAAUCAUGGAGUACCAGCAGAUGAUCCGGGACCUGAGAGAAAAGCUAAGAGCUGCUCAUUUGGAUUCAGACAAAAGCAACAUCAUCGCACUGCAGCAGGUCAUAUAUGAGCUGUGUGGUGCUGUGCAAGAGAGGGACCAUCAGAUCAAGCUGCUGUCUGCUCGAGUGGAACAGUACACUGGUGAGAUGGAGAAGAAUGCCCUGCUUAUAGAGGAGCUAAAGAAGCCAAUGAAGAAAGAAAAAGGUAUGGGCUCUACACUGCAGCUGAGGAAGCUGGAGGAGCUGCAGGCCAAGCUGCAGGCAGCAGAACGACGGGUGCAGCAAGCUGAACGAGAAGCCCAUCUAGCUGAGGCCGAUGCCCAUGAGAAAGACAAGGAGCUGAGCGAGAGCCUCAGCCGUAUCCGCCUGUAUGAGGCUGGCACUGAUGGACUUGAAGCUGCCAUAGCUGAGAUCAGAGAGUGCAAAAAUCAGAUCAGGCUCCGAGACAGAGAGCUAGAAGUCAUGACCAAGGAAAUUAACCAACUGGAACUAAAAAUCAAUGACCUUCUGGAUGAGAAUGAAGAGCUAAGAGAGAAGCUGGGAAUGAAUCCAAAAGAAGAAGUGGAUUUGACUGAGUUCCGGAGAACAAAGGCACUAAAACAGAGACAGUACAGGGCAGAAAACCAGGUCCUGUUAAAGGAGAUUGAGCGUCUGGAGGAGGAGAGGCUGGAGCUGAAGCAGCAUAUCCGCACGUUGGUAAAAGACAAAGGUAUCACAGUGCUUAGUAGUUCACUGCUUGAUGAUGAUGCUGAUCAGCAUCCUAGCAGGUCCAUUAGAGAAAGACCAGACUUCAGAGCUUCUGAUGAAAAGAUCAAACAGAAAAAUGAGUACCUGCAAAAUCAACUGAAUAGCAGAGAAAAGGAGCUGGAGCUGAAGAAAGCAGAAUCCUCACAGUUGAAAGCCAGGCUAAAUAAGACACAAAAGGAGAAUCAGCAACUGGAACAGGAUAUGAAGGAGAUCCUGCAGGCCAUCCAGGCACAGAGCAAAAGUCCAUCACAGAUUGGGAUCAGCAGAAUCCCCAGCCUGGAAAGACUAAUCAGUGCCCUGGAAAUGAAGUACUCAGAAGGGAAGGUUGAUAUAGGCACACAUCUGAGGUUUCAGCUAGACCAACUGACCAGCAGGAAUGAGGAGCUGAAGCAGGAAUUGAAGGCGGCUAGAGAGGAAGCAGCAAGCACACUCUCUCAACUGAUGAAGUCCAGUGACAAAGUGGCACGCUUGGAGAGUGAGAUCGAGGCAGUAAGACUGUCAGCUGGUGCAGCUGUACCUCAAAAGACUCUCCCUUUACCUGAGGAAAGCGCAUCAUCCAGUGUUAAGACCAUUAACUCUCUAAAUGAAUACAUGGUCCAGCUGUUACAGGAGAAUAAAAACAAGCAAGACCACAACAAGAUGCUCGGACUGGCUUUGGAAGAGUACAAAAGGAAAUUUGCAGUCAUACGUCACCAACAGGGGCUACUGUACAAAGAAUAUCAAAGUGAGAAGGAGUCUUGGCAGAAGGAGAGACAUUCUUUUGCUGAGUUGAAAGCCAAAAUGGAAGAACAGAAGGAGGUGGAUGCAGUAAAAAUUAAAGAGUAUAAUAACUGGCUGGAAGCUCUGGAGAAGGACCCAGUUGAGAUGAGGAGGCAGGUGUCUGAGGCUGCCCGUAGGACGACUGUGCUCAGAGUAAACGAGAAGUCCCUGACCCGACAGUACACCACCCUGCUGGAGCAGGAGCAGCACUUGAGGAAAGAGAAUAACAAGUUAAAGGAAGACUUUGUCCAAAUGGAGACUGCAGUCACUAAGCGGAUUGGCUAUCUGCAGAGAUUCAAGGAGAUGGCUGCGUUCAAAAUGGCAGCGCUCCAGAAAGCGCUUGAUGACAGUGUUCCUUCAUUCGAGUUGGAGAGGGCAAACAAGCAGUAUAAUGAUCUCACAAUCAAAUACAGAGAUCUCCUUCAGAAGGACAAUUACCUUGUUCAGAGGACCACCGGUCUAGAACAUAUGGAGAAUGAAAAUGUUUCCCUCCACGAGCAAAUCAAUUCAGUCAACAAAGAGCUUGAGAUCACAAAAGAGAAACUUCACACUCUAGAGCAAGCCUGGGAACACAUCAACGACAUUGGUGAAGAGAGCAGUAUAAACAAGGCAGUGAAGGCCCUGGCAAACAGUGAGAUUGUUUCAGUGUCCAAACGCAUCACCACGCUGGAGAUGAAGGAACUGAACGAGAGGCAGAGAGCUGAGCAUGCUCAGAAGAUGUAUGAGCACCUGAGAAAUUCCCUUAAACAGGUGGAGGAGCGCAACCUGGAGCUGGAGGGCAGAUUUGCAGAGAUGGCCAAACAGAAUCUGGAAGCGCAGCGGAUCGAGCGUGAGCUACGUGACGAGCUUGCUGACAGUGUCAGUAAAGAAGUCAGUGAUGCAGACCGCCAGCACAUUGCAGAACUUGAGAAAAGUGAAGCCCAGCUCAGGAUCGAGGUGUCCAAGUUACGAGAGGUUUCUGACGUGGCCAAAAUGCAGGUUUCUGCACUGGAAGCCAGGCGACAAUCCAGAGAGAAGGAGGUAGAGAGUCUCAGAAGGCAGGUGCUCGACUAUCAAGCUCAGUCUGACGAGAAGUCCCUUAUUGCCAAGCUUCACCAGCACAUCGUGGCACUUCAGCUGAGCGAAACGGCAGCUAUCAGCAAGCUGGAGGCCUCCACUGCCCGUUUGCUUAAGCUGGAGGCACAACAGUUGCGUGCAGAGCAGCACCUGGACGCUCAACAGCAGGCGUUGUGGCACGAAAGGCAAGAGGGGCGUCAGCGUGCCCGGCAUCUCCGCCACGCCCUGCAGGCCCUGCGGACGCAGUUCUCUGGAGCUCUGCCACUUGCCCAGCAGGAAAAGUUCUCCAACACCAUGCUACAGCUACAGGAAGCACAACAGAAGGCCAGAAAGGACGCGCAAAGAAUACAGGAGGAACACAAGAUGGCAGAGGGGAGGGCACAGGAACUGGAACUUCGGCUGAAAAGUCUAGAAGAGCUCAUGGCCACAAUAAAGGAUGGUAAAGGAGCACAGAAGGUGAGCGAGUGGCAUAAGAAGUUGGAGGAAGCUCGUCUACAGGAACUGAGAAAAAACAGAGAGCUAGGAGCUCAGAGAGAGGAAAUCAGGUACCUGAAGAACAUGAUUGAUGAGCAAGAACGCAUCAUCAGCAGCCUAGAAGAAGAACUGGUGCAACAGAACAAUCUACAGGAAGAGCGGCAGCUCUCCUGGGAUCACAGGGAAGUGGAGCUCGAGCGACAACUGGAAGCCUAUGAUAAACAACAGCGUCAAAUUAUUGGCUCUGCACAAAAGUUUGAAGAAGCAACAGAUUCUUUGCCGGAUCCAAGCCAGCCUCUUGCCCACCAGCUGGGCCAGGCACUAAGUAAAAUAAAAGAACAUGUUCGCACCAUUCUGGAGACACAAGCUGUAUGCAAAACUCUUGAGGAGAAGCUAAAGGUGAAGGAGGCAGCGCUUUGGCAAGCAGAGCAGAACGUGCUGGCACGAGAUCGGGUCAUCAAUGAACUGCGGCUCCGCCUCCCAGCUGCUGCUGAACGGGAGAGGCUUCUCGCUGACCUGAGCAAGCAGGAAGACUUGAACAGCCAGCCAGCCCUGAAGAUCGCUCAUCAAACCAUCAGCAACCUGCAGGGCCGCCUGGACCAGAAAGAGGAGGUUCUUAAGAAGUACCAAAACCUUCUAGUCAAGGCUAGACAGGAGCAGGAAGAGACAUCAAAAAAGCAUGACGAGGAGGUGAAAAACCUACACCAGAAGUUAGACCUGCACACAGACAAGUCUUUGGACCACUUCAGACAAACUGCUCAGGAGCUGAUGAAGAAACCCACAAUCACUGUGCCAACUACAAAGCAGCUGGCACGGCUGGCUGAAUUGGAACAGACAGUGGCAGAGCAGGACACGUCCAUCUUAUCUCUAACACACAAGCUGAAGAUGCUGACUGCUGAGCUGGAGAAACAGAGGCAGGCCACUGCUUCUCAGGCAAAAGAUCACACAGCACAAACAGCCAAGCUGGAGGAGAGACAUGCAUCUCAAAUGAAGGCUGUCUCUCAGGAGGCAGAAGAGCAUAGAUCCCAAGUCUCUCAGAUGGAGAAGGAGCUGCAGUACCUACGUACCGAGCUGGAGGCCCAGAAAGCGGCUAAUGUGCGAUCUCCAAGUAAUACCAUGAAGAACCUUGUCGAGCGUCUAAAAGCACAACUGGCUCUCAAGGAGAAGCAACAGAAGGCUCUCAGUAAAGCUCUGCUCGAGCUUCGUGCAGAAAUGACUUCCCAUGCUGAGCAGCAGAUCAUUGCAAGUGCAGCCCAAAAGGAAGAGUCCCUCAAUAUUCAGCAGAUUGUAGACAAGCAAACCAAGGAUCUAAAGACCCACGUGAAGGAGCUGAGUGAGGAGCUACAGUCCUGGAAGGAGAACGUACGGGCAGCAAAAUCUCGCGAGAGCUCUCUGAAGGAGGAGCUGGAAAGCCUCAGCAGAGAUCUGCAGAAGAGUCAGAAGAGCCAGAGCAGACUGCAGAGUGAGAGAGGUGCCCUGGAAGAGCAGGUGGAGGAGCUCAAACAGAAAGUCAGGAGACUCCACAGUGGCCUGCAGGGUCAGACAGAAAGUGAGAUUAAAGGCCCCUCUGUAGAGACACUACAGAAGAAGAUACGCAAGCUUGAGUCUGAGCUGGACAAGAAGAGUGUGUCAGAGCCUGCAGAAAGAAAAACUAUAGUUAAGGAUGACAAGACCUCUAAAGAAGAACUGGUGAGAUGGGAAGAAGCAAAGAAAUGGCAGGCCAAGGUGGAGAAAUUCCAAAACCAUUUAAAGGAGAAAGAGAGACAGACAGACUUGCUUUCCAAACAACUAAAUACACUGAAAGAACUCUACGGAAGGUUGGAGCAAGAAAAAGCAGGCCUGCAGAAGAAGCUGAAAAGUCGUGGGGUGACCGCAGAUCAGGUGGUAGGUGCACGGACCGUGGAGACUGACAAAGAGAUUGAGAGCCUAAAAAACAGAAACUGUGAGCUGGAGCAGCAGAUUGAAAUAAUGAAGCUGCAGCAGGCUUUACCACGGGAUGCUGCAAUGGAGGACAUUAACAUCAGGAACCGCUAUCUAGAGGAGAGGAUUUACUCUUUAGAGUCUCAGCUGAAAAAAGACCCUUUUUCUAGGCCAUCUGACAGUUGCGAUAAUGAGGAUUUGAUAGCUGAUUCUAGUGCAUUGAUAAAAACAGCCAUGGUGAGGGAAACCAAAAUGAACACAUUUCAGCAGGUGGAUGCAGAAAAGAGUGGAGAUCAAGAAAAGAACAACAUAGUAAUCCUUGGAGACAAGACUGUGGCACAGCAUGAACAUAAAGGGGCCAUAGCAGUUGACCAAGAAAACCAGCUUGCAACAGAUACAGAAAUUAAAGAUACUGAGGAGGAGGAGGAGGAGGAGGAGGAGGAGGAGGAGAACAACAAAACUGAGACAGUUCCCAAAGAGCGAGAAUCACCAGAAUCAGAGAGAACAGAGGACAAACCUAAGGAACAAGAACAGGGUGACAAAGAGCGGGGUGACCAACAGGCAAAGGAGAAAGAAACAUGUGUGACUGAGGGAGAAUCAGGCCAGGACUUGCAGAGAUCUACAGAGUCUCAUAACAGGACGCAGAAACAGCCAGAAACACAGAGUCCCUCCAUCGAGCAACAAAGACUCUGUGCUUUGGAGGAUGGAGUCAGGGAGAAAACUGAAAAGACUUUCAUCACUAGGCUUAAUAGGCAGCCACAUGCUGCUGUGACAAAACCCCAAGCUUCUUCUGACCCACCAGGGAGCAAAUUUACCCUUACAGCUAGAUCUCUUAGACUGUUGCCAUUGAGGAGUGCCACAAUUGAUGCAAGCAAAAGAGGGAGGCAUAGCAGAGUGAGACCACAAGUGCCUCGCAAGACAUCAGGCAGGGGCUCUGGAACACCUUCACAAAGGGAGCAUGAGCUACAGAAAGACAACCUCAGACUGUCCACUGAGAACCUGGAGCUUCGCUUUCAGCUGGAACAGGCCAACAAAGACCUGCCACGUCUGAAGCAUCAGGUUUCUGACCUCAAAGAAAUGUGUGAUGUGCUCAAAAAGGAAAAAGCUGAAGUGGAGAAGAAGCUUGGGCAUGGCCAUGGGACUGGGCGAAGUGGAAAGACAGUUCCUGAGCUGGAAAAGACAAUUGCACUGAUGAAGAAAGUGGUAGAGAAGGUGCAGAGAGAGAAUGAGAGUCUAAAAAAGAGCUCAGCCACUACGACACAAGAACAGCUCACCACUCUGGAACGUGAACACGAGAAAUUCAAGGCUGAAUAUGACAAGAUGAAGGAGAAAAUGGAUUUUCAUCUGACAUCAAGACUUGAUUCAAAAAUGAAAGGAAUGGAGAAAAUAGUGAUGGAAAAUGAACGUCUGCACAAAGACAUCAAAAAGGUAUCUGAGGCUUUAGAGAAGCUAAGAGUAGAAAACACCAGCCUGGUUGUAAAAAAUAAGAAGCUUAAAGCAGAGCUUGAUGAAACCACCCAGAAGCUUCUACUGGCUCAGUCUAAGGGGCCGUCUUUAGAGCGGGCAGAUGGCAAGAGCUGGAAAUCAACAGUUGUGACCAGGUUGUAUGAAAAUAAAAUGAAAGACCUCGAGAGUGAAAUCUCUAAAAACAAGGCAAGUAUCUCUGAGUUCAAUUUAAAGCUCAAAGAGUCCCACGAGAGAGAGAAGGAUGCUCAGCGCACUAUCAUACAGCUAAAGGAACAAGUAGAGCUCUUGAAAAAUACACCCAUAGAAGGAAUCACUGAGGAGGGCCUUGCUCAGCAGUUUCAGUCUAAUAGACUCACAAUCAAUCAGCUGGAGAGGGAGAAGACUCACCUUCUUCAUCAGAUAAAGAACUAUGAAGAGCAAUUUGAAACCAGCAGGAUUGGACCUGGAAACAAAGAGCUUCAAGCCCAAUUAAAUGCAGCCAAUGCUGAAAGGAGUCACCUACAGGAUGAAAUUAGAAAAAUGAGCAAUGAACUGGCAAACUUUGACCCAACCUUCUUUGAGGAGCUUGAGGAUUUGAAGUUCAAUUAUAAUGUGGAGGUGAAGAAAAACAUCAUUCUGGAGGAACAGCUUAAAAAACUUUCAGAACGCUUUGGAGUACCAGUGGACAUCCCAACAGACGGAUCACUCAGCUAACACAAAACAUCUGUCCAGGAGGUUGAAGAAACAGAACUUUGUACACAGAGAAUAGAGAAUGGUCAAAGUUUUUUUUGUUUUGUUUUUUUUAAUGAUUAGUUUUAUGUGAAUUUGUAUAGUUAUGUAUAUUAUAAGUCAGCUGUGCUUUUUGUAAUAUGAUAGUACAAUGUGACGUUUUCUAUGGUGAUGAUUUGUGGCCUCAUACGGACAGGCCAAAUGUCAUGGGAUGGCAACAAGUAUUGUGUAGGACCCCUCCAGCUGGGCAAAGUGCAGCAACACAACAAGGCAUCAGUUCUGCAAGUGGAGUUUGGAACAAGCCAUUCAUUAAAAAGAUUUAAAAGAA